GGUGUGCAAGGUAGCGCUGCUACAAAGUACCUUCGUGGCUGCGAUUUUAACAGGUGUCUGGUAACAGCUUGUGCCUGCUCAACGCCACCAUGGUGAAAUACGUACUUCACUACUUCAAGGUGCACGGCCGUGGUGAAAGUAUCCGUCUGGCUUUCAAGCUAGCUGGGGUCGACUAUGAAGAAAGGAACUUCGAGUUUGCGGAUUGGCCAAAGUUUAAACCGACAUUUCCCACCCAGCAAGUUCCAGCGCUGGAGGUCGACGGGCAGAUGAUAUGUCAGAGUAAGGCUAUCCUGAGAUAUCUGGCCAGGGAAUUUGGGUUUUAUGGCAAGACAUCCCUGGACGCGGCAUUCAUAGACCAAGCACUCGACACGAUCGAAGACAUGUGGUCGGAACUCAACGUUGUCUUCCACGGGCCUCCGGAAAGCAGGCCAGAAAGAAUGGAAAGGUUCUUGAAGGAUGUGGUCCCACCGAUCUACGCGACUCUGGAGCGGUUGCUUGCACAGGAGCAAGCUGGGGAAUUCUUCGUUGGAAACUCGAUCACAGCCGCUGAUCUCUUUUUCUUCACCGCUGUUGACAUGGCGAAUCACAUAUCAAAGGGCGCCAACACCCUGGAGAAGUGCCCGAAGCUGAGCGCCCUCAAGGAACGCAUUGCUGCCAACCCCAAGAUCGCAGCCUGGUUGGCUGUGCGACCACCUGAAGCGACGUUUUAAGUAGAAAAGCAAAUAAACACGCCACCUGUUGGCUGGAGAUGAGAUCAUUUUCUCACUCUGUGUCAUCGUAAGCAUACAUUGAUGCUUUGUGUACUUUUAAUUUGUAGUUACCAAAGUGGCAUGCAGAUGUGCGACUUAGGGUUUUAAGUUUGAUAUCAUGAUCACAAUGGUUGUCAAAUAUCAAUGUACAUCUAAGUGGACAGGGACAUUCUUCAACCAAGUGUUUGCAUAAAUUAUUCACAAAUUAAGCUUGAUUAACGGGAUAAACUACAAAAAUUAAUUAAAGUGUAGCUUUUGCAAAAUAAAGCUCUUUCGUCAUCUAAACUGGCUAAGAAGCACUUUUCUAUGAUAACGAGUGUUUAACUUGAUGCUGGUGAGAAAAUUGAUUACUUUUCAGUCAAGUUCACGUCAUCUCAAAAAUACAUGUAGAUCAUCGUCAUGGGCAUACUCAACAAUGAUUUAUACCAGCAUGUUGAUAUGGCUUAGAAACACUUACAAAAACAAUUUUGGAUUUUAUCUUCAGAAAUAAAGAAGCUAAAGCAUAAAAG